UUGAAAGCCGAGAUGUGGGGUACGGAGGUAUCGAACCCUGUGGGGCUGGCAGCAGGGUUCGACAAGCACGGCGAAGCUAUUGAUGGGUUGUUCAACCUCGGCUUCAGUUGGGUAGAGAUUGGCAGCGUAACGCCAAAGCCUCAGGCUGGAAAUCCACAGCCCCGAGUCUUCCACCUCCCCGAAGAUGAAGGGCUCAUCAACCGCUAUGGGUUCCCGUCCGAUGGCCACGCUUCCGUCAUCUCACGCCUGCGCGCCAGAAUACCGCGCUUCUCGCCGGAAUCCGAUAACGCAGCAUACAGGCCUGAGUCCCUACUCGCAGUGAACUUGGGCAAGAACAAGGAGAGCGAGGUGGAUUCGAUUGAGGAUUUUGUGGCUGGCGUGCGGGCAUUUGGCCCUUACUCGGAUGUCCUGGUCGUCAACGUGUCGAGUCCAAAUACACCCGGUCUCAGGUACGUGCUUGUGUUGUCUCAUGAAUUCGGAGCUUCAACCACGCUAGAGGGCUGCAAAACAGAGAACAGCUGGAGUCGCUCCUUGAUGGAGUGA